GGGAGACUGGAAUUGGAAAAUCAACCUUGAUAGAUACUUUGUUUAACACCAGUUUUGAUGACCGUGUAUCAACACAUUUUCAACCAAAUGUAAGACUCAGAGCUCAGACGUACGAACUCCAAGAAAGCAAUGUUCGAUUGAAACUAACCAUUGUAAAUACAGUGGGAUUUGGUGACCAGAUAAACAAAGAAGAUAGCUAUCAGCCAAUAGUGGAUUAUAUAGAUGCACAAUUUGAGGCCUAUCUCCAGGAAGAACUGAAAAUUAAACGCUCCUUAUACAACUACCAUGACACUCGCAUCCAUGUCUGCCUCUAUUUUAUUUCACCUACAGGCCAUUCCCUUAAAACACUUGAUUUGUUAACAAUGAAGAAUCUUGACAGCAAGGUGAACAUUAUACCAGUCAUAGCCAAAGCAGACACCAUUUCUAAAACUGAACUACAGAAGUUUAAGAUCAAACUCAUGAGCGAAUUGGUUAGUAAUGGAGUCCAGAUAUAUCAGUUUCCGACAGAUGAUGAAACCAUUUCUAAAAUUAAUGCCACAAUGAAUGGACAUUUACCAUUUGCUGUAGUGGGUAGUGGGGAGGAAAUGAAGGUUGGCAACAAAAUGGUGAAAGUUCGACAAUAUCCUUGGGGCAUUGUACAAGUGGAAAAUGAGAACCAUUGUGACUUUGUAAAGCUUCGUGAGAUGCUUAUUUGCACAAAUAUGGAAGACCUGAGAGAGCAGACUCAUGCACGCCAUUAUGAGCUCUACAGACGCUGUAAACUGGAAGAGAUGGGCUUCAGAGACACAGGCCCUGAAAACAAACCUGUCAGGGUCCCCCUACUACAGGGUUACAAAGGUAGCAAAAAGUCUAUAUCUCACAGCCACGCUUCUGUAGAAAGUCUACAGGAGACCUAUGAAGCAAAGAGGCAUGAGUUCUUCGGUGAAUUGCAGCGGAAGGAGGAGGAAAUGAGACAGAUGUUUGUACAGAGAGUCAAGGAGAAAGAAGCAAUAUUGAAAGAAGCUGAGCGAGAGCUACAGGCUAAAUUUGAGCAUCUUAAGCGACUUCACCAAGAAGAAAGGAUGAAGCUGGAGGAAAAAAGAAAACUCCUAGAAGAUGAUAUGAUUGCAUUCAAUAAAAGGAGAACUGCUACUGAGUUACUUCAAGCGCAGGCAUUUGCAUCUACACCUAGCGUCAGUUUGAAAAAAGACAAGGACCGCAAAAACUUUAUGUAACACAGAGGAUUAUGGCAACCAAAUAUUAAAAAUUAUACAAGCACGCUAUGGUCUCCUAUGCUUUUUCUUUUUCUUUUGUAUUUUUUAUCAAACGAGAACUUGGAAAAUGACCAUUACUACUGGAAGUUCAGAAGAAAAGUAUAUGGUCAAUAUGCAUACAGUAUUGUAAGUUACUGACAUUUUAAUGUAAUUUAAUGGACAUUACCAUUAAGCAGCUGUAUUAAUAUGCCUUUCUACUUUAUGUGCGUAUGGCCAAGUCACAUACACUUAAGGGCACUGUACCAAAGAAAAUAUCUCUGCCAUAAACAGUUUCCUUUCAUAAUAUGAAUGCUGUAAUACAGAAGUAUUCAGUGAAUAUAUAUAUUAUAACCUUUUGAAAGUAAUUUUGAUAUGUUUAUUACUAAUAGCAUUUAAUGUAACUGCUGAAGUAUUUUGAAAUGUAUUAAAUAUUUAAAUCUGCUCAAAUAACCACUUAUUAAUUUUGCUGACAGUGGUUUGUUUUUAUAGAAACACUAUCUUGAUUUUGUGAUUUAAGCCUUCUAAUGAAAAUGAAUCAUGGUCUUCAGUGGUGCAGUGUUGCAUGCUAAUAUAUUUGUAGCUGACAUAACUAAUUUAAGACCAAGUAAUUUAAAAAUAUGGUCUAAUCUAGUUUCAUCUUCUUUUCAGUGUUCUGCCUCUUUACUUACAUGGUUCAGAAGCUGGGCAUUUAUAAAAUAAACUAGUCUGUUAAAGACACACAUGAAUAUAUUUACAAACAUGAAUUGUCCCAAUAGUCCCUUGCAUGCAUAAAUUAAACAGGUGUAAGAAUUUCCAAGAUUGGAGCCUUACUUUGUAUCUCCUUACUACGUAAAGACAAAGUGUUUAGUCACUUACAGAAUAGGCUGAAGAAUCAUAUUAAAAAAAAAAAAACCCAGACAGACAAACCUUGGAAAGUAACCAUAGCUUUGUGGUAUUAAAAUUAUGUCAUAUAACUAAAACAGAUAGCUAAACUUCCCUUUUGUUAACUUCAGCACUUUUGGUUAAAGCACAUGUAAAACAAUUAUUUUAAAAUAUUAAUCCCAAUAACUAUUUAUCUGCAGUAGUCUAUAGAUAAUCUAAUUCUUCCAAGAUAACUUGUAUGUUUUUAUGUAAUAUUUUUGAAAUAAAAUAUUAAUACAUCACUGAAAUAAAAUGCACUUGCUGAAAUGU